AUGGCAAUGGAACCUGUUAUUCAAGCUGAAUUCGAACGAAAUUAUGCAUGGAAACGUUCUUGGCCACGAUGUUUUAUUGCAUUUCUAGCUGCAUUAGAAAUGUUACUUGGAUUGAUUAUUUUUCUAACUGAAGCUGGUAAUAUUUUAAUGGACUUUUGGCAUACAAAUAUAUUCGGUGGUAUAUGGGCAGCAAUCGUAAUUUUUAUUCAUUGGAUUCUACUCUUUGUCACAGCAUGUUGUACACCCACGAUUGACGCAGCAAGAUGUGCAUUGAUUUGGAAUUUGGUUGCAUUAGUCGCAUUGGGUAAUCUAAUUGGAUUUGAUAUAAUAUUCAUCUUACAUCCAGAUAUAUGUCUAUUAACACCAACAUGUUCAACACAACCAAAAGUAGUAUCAUUAAUUGAUUUAUUACAAAAGGUUCCAGGAUUUAAAUAUUACACAACUCAUACUGCAAAAAAAUUAUUUCUUGAAAUUCAAGUUGUUUGCGUUGGUAUCGUUUUUCUCAUGUGUCUGAUGUAUAUUGUUGUUUACAUCGCUUGUCGAAUGAAUAUACGUACACGCGUUCAAGAUAGUUCAACAAUUGCUGCUAGUGCUCCUCCAUGUUCUGGAGCCCAUCAUGAAUUUCCUGUUGCUCAAGCAGCCCCAUUUUCUGAACGUCAUCAUCUAUAUCCUGUUCUUCAAGCACCACCACCAAUAUUUUCUGGACCCCAACAUGAAUUUCCUGCUGAUAAAACACCUCAAUUACCAUGGACAGUGCAAGCAGCAAAUGCUCCAUAUGCACCCUGUUAA